GGUCCUUUGCACUCUUAUUUCUUAUGUGAAGUAGACGAAGAUGAGGAGAAUAGAGGAAGUGUAAGAAGUGAAGAAAGUGAGAAAAGUAAAAAGAAAGACGUGAACGAAGAUGACCUGUUCACCGCGAACAUGUAUCUUGCUGAAGAUCGUAUUCUUUGUUUUGAGUUGGUGACAAAGCGAAAUUGUUCUUGGGUAUUGCAUUAUGUUAAAUCUGCUUAUGCGGAAACCGAUGUACCGGACAAAGCUAACCUUUAUUUGACAUUUUACAUUAUGGGUACUACCCUGACAAAUCUUGGUGUCGCCCCAGAUGCCCUGUUCGAGGUCUUGUCCUUUAUCUAUAUGGUAUUGAUCAUUGUCCAAGUUGUUUUGGCCAUGGGAAAUAAACCUCAAAGAUGGGCCUAUAUAAUUUCAAUUUUAUUCUUUUCCUUGAUCAUGGUUUACAUGCUGUUUGCGGCUGGUUGGAUUACAUAUAAAGGUGUCUCUUUGCAACUGGAAGCAGAUAGAAAUGAAAUCACUGGUGCUAACGUGUCCACUGCUGAUGCUCUCUUAAAGGAUCAGGCUUUUAGAAAUAUUAUUCUUUCAGUAGUCUAUGGGGUACCCGAGAAUCUAGUAGAGAUUUGGGCUCCGCAAAAGCUGUGGGAUCCGCAAAAGCUGUGGGAUCCGCAAAAGCUGUCAAUCAUAAUAAAGAGAACGCAUCCAAUAAUUCAACUGAGGUAG